AUGAUUCAGCUCUCUCUCGCCGCUACUGCUGCCGGUGCAAGUCCCAUCAUCAGAGUUCCGUGGAAUGAGGAGUGGAUGAUCAAGAGAGCACUCGACGCUGGAGCUCAUGGUGUCAUGACCCCUAUGUGUCACAACGCCGAGGAUGCCAAAAAGAUCGUCUCAUUCUCCAAAUACCCUCCUACCGGAUCCAGGGGUUACGGUCCCAUGUUCUGCCCUCCUGCAUUCGGAUGCAAGGGGUCAGAAUAUGAUUCCCAAGCGGAUGAAAAAUUGUUGGUCAUCGUUCAGAUCGAGUCCAGACAAGGUGUAGAGAAUGUAGAGGAGAUCGCAAAGGUUCCUGGACUGGAUGUGCUUUUCAUCGGUCCUUUUGAUCUUGCCAAACAACUGAACGUUCAAUUCGGCGGAGAGGAGCAUGAAGCUGCUAUCGCGAAGACCCUGAAAGCAGCCCAUGAUGCUGGAAAGGUUGCUGCCAUCUUCUGCUCUAAUGGUCAAAUCGCGAAACAACGUUUGGACCAAGGAUUCGACAUGGUCUCGAUCGCUGUCGACAAUGCUUGUUUGGCUGCUGAGAUGGAGAGGCAAAUGGGAUUCGCUACGGGAACCACUAAGACCGGAGACAGAUCAUACUCAUAG